UACGAAACUCGCUCGUUUACAACAAACUCACUGAAAAAGAAAAAAAAAAAAGAGUGACAGAGACACAGCCAUAAAAACUAAGCAAACUUGACCUUGAUUCUUGCAUCUAUCUCUGUAAAUUAAUUAAAUUCAAAAGAGAGAAAUUACAAUCAAAUGAUGAAGGAACCCAGAAUCUCCUCAAUUGUUCGUCUUAACAUCGGAGGGAAGAAAUUUUGCACCACUGUUGAUACAUUGACACAGCGCGAACCAGAUUCGAUGCUUGCUGCCAUGUUCAGCGGUCGCCAUACUGUGUGUGAGGAUCCUGGGAAGGGAUAUGUCUUUGUUGAUAGAGAUGGGAAACAUUUUAGACAUAUUUUGAAUUGGUUGAGAGAUGGCAUCAUUCCCACACUUACAGAUGCUGAAUAUUCAGAGCUUUUGCGGGAGGCAGAAUACUAUCAGCUACUUGGACUCAUUGAGGGAAUCAAUUCCGUUUUGACUAAGGGGAAGGAAGGUGAUGAGCUGGAUUCUGAAUUGACGCGGACAGAUAUCAUCAAAUGUAUACAAUCUGAUAAAGUUCGAUUUCGAGGAGUCAAUCUUUCUGGUGUUGAUCUCUCUAAACUGGACCUUUCAUAUGUUGACUUCAGCUAUGCAUGCCUUAAAAAUGUCUUCUUCUCACGUGCCAACCUACAUUGUGCGAAAUUCCGGGAUGUGGAUGCCGAGGGUUCCAUAUUUCACAAUGCAACCUUGCGCGAAUGUGAAUUUACUGGUGCUAAUCUUCGCGGAGCUCUAUUAGCUGGUGCAAAUCUUCAGAGUGCUAACUUGCAAGAUGCUUGUCUGGUAGAUUGCAGUUUCUGUGGUGCAGAUCUGCGUUCUGCACAUUUACAGACAGCUGAUUUUACCAAUGCUAACCUGGAGGGAGCUAAUUUAGAAGGCGCUAAUUUAAAGGGUGCAAAGUUAUUUAAUGCUAAUCUGAAGGGCGCAAACCUUCAACGAGCUUAUCUACGACAGGUCAAUCUUCAGAAUGCACAAUUGGAAAAUGCAAAACUUGACGGUGCGAAUCUUUUUGGAGCAAUUCGAUGACCAUAUCUGGAUACCCUAGAAAGAUUUAAAAAAAAGACAAAUAUAAUUUAUUUUGAGUUAAUUUUAUUUCAUUUCAUCCUCUUUUGUCUAUUUGAAGUUAUUCCUUUGUUAUGAAAUCACAGUGCACAAGUUGUGGAUGGUUAUUGUUCAUAUGGUGAUAGUACAUGAGUGUUGAAUAGUCUGGUAAGGUUCUCGUGAUGUUAAAAGACAAGUUUACAAUUACAUGUUGCUUUUUUUAUACAAUUUAUUUAUGGGGAUUA